AUGGCUAAAGAAGGAAUUAUUAAAAAGAAGAAAUCAUCAUCUGCCGUCAAAAAGAUAGACGCCAAGAUAGACGCGACCAAAAAACUAGCAGAAAAGAUCAAACAACAAGCCUUAAAAUCCCAACAAGAAGGCACCUCCACCACCACCUCACCAUCCCCUUCCUCUUCCUCCAAUAUAACCUCCACAGUCGACCCAGAUGCCGAACUCAAAUUCAAAUCCUUCUCUGAACUUAACCUCGUCCCCGAACUCCUCGAAUCAAUCCAACAAAUGAAAUAUACCACCCCAACCCCCAUCCAAUCCGAAGCAAUCCCCCAUGCCCUUGAAGGUAAAGAUAUAAUCGGUCUUGCCCAAACUGGUUCCGGUAAGACCGCCGCCUUUGCCAUCCCAAUAUUACAAGCCUUAUGGCAUGCCCAACAGCCCUAUUUCGCCCUCGUGUUAGCACCGACCCGUGAAUUAGCAUUUCAGAUCAAGGACACCUUCGAUGCCCUUGGUGCUGGAAUGGGACUGAGAUCGGUAUGUAUUGUCGGUGGGAUGGAUAUGAUGGAUCAAGCUCGGGAUUUGAUGAGAAAACCCCAUGUGAUUGUUGCUACUCCUGGUAGAAUCAUGGAUCAUUUAGAACAUACCAAAGGGUUUUCAUUGAAGAAUUUGAAAUAUUUGGUUAUGGAUGAAGCUGAUAGAUUGUUGGAUAUGGAUUUUGGACCGGCUUUGGAUAAGAUAUUGAAGAUUAUUCCGGUUAAGAGGACUACAUAUUUGUUUUCGGCUACUAUGACUAAUAAAAUUGAAAAAUUACAGAGGGCAAGUUUACUGCAUCCUGUUAAGGUGAGUGUUUCUUCGAAAUAUCAAACUGCUGAUAAUUUAGUACAAUCGAUGAUGUUGGUGAAUGAUGGAUAUAAGAAUACGAUUUUGAUUCAUUUAUUGAAUGAAUUUAUCGGGAAAUCGAUUAUUGUAUUCACGAGAACUGUUGCUCAUGCACAAAGAACGGCAUUAUUGGCGAGGAUUUUGGGUUUUAAUGCUGUUCCAUUACAUGGACAACUUUCACAAGCACAAAGAUUAGGAUCCCUUAAUAAAUUCAAAUCGGGGAAAUCAAAUAUAUUGAUUGCAACUGAUGUGGCUGCUAGAGGGUUGGAUAUUCCUUCUGUGGAUGUGGUUAUCAAUUAUGAUAUUCCAACUGAUUCUAAAGCAUAUAUUCAUAGAGUUGGGAGAACUGCUCGUGCUGGUAGAUCAGGUAAAUCUAUUUCAUUGGUUACUCAAUAUGAUUUGGAAAUGUAUCUUCGAAUUGAAAGUGUAUUGGAUAAGAAAUUACCAAAAGAGGACAAACCACCAAAGGAAGUAUUGGAUGCAUUACAUGUACAUGUUGAUAGAGCUACUGCUGAAGCUAUUAGACAGACUAAGGAGAUUCAUGAAAAGAGAGGUAAUAGUAGAAAUAAGGAUUAUGCUGAUAGAGAAGAGCGUUAA